UCCAAUGUCUCACGGUAUGAAUUAUUCUACUGUAUUAUAAAGGACUUAACUAAUAUUGAUUGUAUUGUUUUAAGAGUGCCAUUUCACCCUUAUCAUUUGCUGUUAAUGUAUAGCGCGAUAUGUAUACAUAUUAAUGAGAUUACUUAAUGAUAUCGAUAUCAAUUUGUAUACAACUCGCCAGGCAUUAUGUCAUUGACCUGUCGUCUGCCAGCUGAUCCCAGUAGCGAAACUAUCGACCGUCCGGAUCGGACUGACAAUCGCUUUCAUCAGCCUUUGCCGACACCGCAUCUUCGCGGUAUGACGACACUGAAGCCUCUCCAGUACGUGGCCACCAGACCGAGAUCAUCGAUCACGAAGCGGACUUCGUCAAUGCUGACAAGGAGAAACGGGCCUCCGUUGCAAGGUGUUAUGGCGGUGGUUGGGCGAUCGACGUUGUCCAAGGAGUUGAUGGCGAGUUACAAACACACUAAACGAGUCGGACCUUACCUCCUGGGCCCAACCAUCGGCGAGGGAAGCUUCGCAAAAGUGAAAGAGGCGAUGCAUGUCCUUGUUGGCGAAAAGGUUGCCGUCAAGAUAAUAGAUAAGAGAGCCGCGAGAGAGGACGCAUAUCUGCACAAGACACUCCGUAGAGAGGCGGGACUUCUCCAACUUCUUGGCCACGCCCACAUCGUACGUCUUCUCGAAGUCAUGGAAACGGAUAAUAACUUGUACUUGGUGUUGGAGCUGUGUGGGGGCGGUCCUUUACUGGAUAAGGUGUGUGAGAAGAGUGGUAUUGAAGAGGGCGUGGCCAGGCGGUACAUCAAGCAGGUGGCUUCAGCUGUUUACCACAUGCAUCAAAUGGGUGUGGUCCAUAGAGAUCUGAAAGUUGAGAAUCUUCUCCUUGACAACAACGACAAAAUCAGAAUAAUAGAUUUUGGGCUAAGUAAUUUCAUCGGGAUAUUCGGGACUAGGGACUUUGCGGGAACGCUUUGCGGGAGUCCCGCCUAUGCAGCUCCGGAGAUAAUUGCGAGGAAGCGAUAUGGACCCAAGGUGGACGUAUGGAGCAUUGGUGUCAAUGCAUACGCCAUGCUGACUGGAACUCUUCCCUUCAUAGUCGAGCCGUUUAAUCUUCGGAAACUCUUGUCGAAGAUCCAGAAAGCAGACAUGGGACCACUGCCCUCUGGUCUGUCAUCAGACUGUAAGAGUUUUGUCCGUUAUCUUCUCGAACCUGACCCGGAGAAGAGACCAACGGUUUAUGACGUCUUGUGUCAUCCUUGGUUGGCAGGUGUCUACGAGCCUCUCCGCUCUUUAAGCCCUACAGCACCAAACCACGCCCUCACCCCCACUCCUCCACCUACCCCGUGCUCUCCAGGACGAAGGCUCAGUCGCAUGUUGCUCGAUCACGACAUCAUCAGUUACAUCCGGGAAACGCUUGGGAUCAAGUCGACGCACGUCAGCGAGUCGGUGCUUGCAGGGCGCGCCGACGAAUACUCUGCGAUUUACCAUCUCCUGGCCAAGCAACGCGAGCGGGAUGAGGUGCCUAAGAUUGCCCAGAGACUGCAGGAGAACUGGGAAACCUUUCGAGUGUGUUCCCGUCAAGAUGAUGAGGAGGACGACGAUCUUGGUAACGAAGGUGAUGGGGUGGAUGAGGCCGGGGAUACGAAGAAGAAUCGAGGAGGGUCUCCAAGACAAGGAAGUUUGACGAAUGAUUUCGAUGAUGACGAGAAAAAGAAGGAGGUGGCGGCAGAGACUGCUCUUCAGAUGGCUGGCAAGAAGAAUGGUAGUUUCCACUUCAAAAUGGCCAUGGUGAUUGAAGAGGAGGCUGAGAGAGCUGCACGAUCACCGAAUAAUAUCUCACCAAGCCCAAAAGGAACAGAGACUAGCGCCAUCUAUCGCGAGGUUCUUGGUGAAAUGCCGUCGGAACAAUCAGCACCAUCGUCACCCGCUAAGUCCAUAUCUUCUAAAGACGGACAACGCACAGCGACACCGUUCAGUCAUCAGCAGAGUGACAGACAUGAGAAUCUUAGUUCAACUAACGACAGUCGCAUCACAAGUGCAGCUAGUGGCAACCCAUGGCUCAUUAUGCUUGGGCGAGAAAGGACAACGAGUACAAUUCGGUCUGGCAUCAGUGGUCUUGAUACGAACAGAAAUGCCCACCAAUCCGGUGUGACAACAGCGUGCUUUCGAGAAGAGCAAGUGAAGAAGAAGCACGAAAAGGUCAAUCACAUGAUUCGGACUGGGAGAAAUGUAGAGUCGUCUGCGAAACGCGGGAGUGUGAAUGGACGGGUUUCUCUAUCUACCGGUAGGGCACUCAAGUUAACUUACCAGCAGUCAACCGAUCCAACCGUGACGACAUUUGUGAAUCAUUUCCGACACAACCAGCUCCCCGAUCGACUUACGAGACGAUCGAAUCUCAAGAAUUCUCUCAUCGCGGACAUGACUAUAGGAGGUCAAAAUGGACAUCUAAAUACACCCAAGUCCGUCACAUUUCGAAGGAACAAAUAUACUUUAGAGGCUGAUACAAGACUGCGGGAAACUGUCAUAAAAGCAUCUGUUGCAAACACAACCGGCGUACAAGAACAUACAACAACGACAAAAGCUGGAAUUACCAAUGGCCGUAGCGAUAGAAAGCAGGAAGAAGCCAUCAGGGUUUACCGUUCUACGCGUAAAACAUCAGUUCCUCGCGAUUUCUCGGAGAACCGUCGGCAAAGGCGAAUUCAGAACCCAGUCAAACGUAAACCUGUUGGUAGACCCCCGGUGACACUGUCCCGCAAACCUAUCAGAAACGGCAAGGGGAGAAUAAAUCCAACCACUCUACAGAAACAAGAAAGAUCCGCUGCGACAACAACUGCGACGAUGUCAGGACGACCGAGCACAUCGAGCUUGCAGGAUGAGCAGAAUUGUAUUGCAGAGGCGACAGUAAAGGGUAUUUGUAGUUGUUCGAGGGCGAAAGACAUUCGAAAUGCCGCCAGUUCGAAGAAUGAUGGCAACGACGUGACAAAUUUCCCGAGGAGGUUCUCAACUAGUGACGAAGGAUACGACACCACUCACUCAAUAGACGGCGAUUCCAACAAGAAAUUGCCCGAUAUAGCACCACCAAUUAUGAGUCUUUCUCCAAGAUGCUUGCCAGAAGCCGAAAAGGUGACUUUGUCGAAAACAAUGAAAACUCUGAAACUUGGAGAUACCGAGAGAAAAAGUAUUCAGAUAUCAUAA